GAUCCCGUGAGCGGUGGCCGGAAUGGAAACAUACGAGCCGGCGAUGAGAAGUUGUCUGAUCCGGGUGGUCGUGUGAGCGCUGCCGGCUCCGAGAAGAAAACUCAUGUGUUCCUGGUGUCUCUGUGUUCCCGUUUUCCUGUUAUCGGAUUACCUGUUUUUGGAUCCCUGUUUCUGCUGCCCAGCUCAUCUGCCCAUCUGCGUGAGGGUGUCAGUGGAUGAGGUGGGCUGUUCUCCACAACCCAUCAUGGACAUCAACUGUCAGCCCCAUCUCCAAACCUCCUGUCUGGCUGGUUCCUGCUCCAAAACGGCUCCCUGUGUCUGAGCUGUGACAUCUGGGACUCGCGGGCUGCUGACACCAUGACACAGACAGACUACAAAUACAGCCUGCUGGGCUCAGCAGUGGACGACUACCGCAAGAGGCCAUUGCUCCUACAGGUGGACGACACACCCAUGAACUUGUUUGCAGUCCUGGAAGUGAAACGGGAACUACCGAGGCGCUGGAGCACCCUGGGCUGCUUCCGCAAGAUCCGUCUCUACAGCUUCCUGUUCGGCCUGGCUGUCACGUUCCUCAUCAUGGCUUCGUACAUUCUGACAGGAGACAAGAAGGGCCUACUCCUAACCCCUUCCCCUUACCACCUCAGCAGCCUAGUCAGCCCAGGACCUUUUUCCUUCAACCUCUCCUCAGUCAAGGACUAUGCACAUAUCAAACUAGUGGUCAAGUCCAUCACAUCCAAGGUGGAGUUUCGCAGCAGUCGACAGAUCCCAGAGCUUAAGUCGCUGGUUAACAGUGAGCCACAUAUGUUUUCUGUUAUCCCCCACAAAUUCCUGCCUGGUUUCAAGAACCCAUGCUGGUAUGAGGAGUACACUGGGAAUAUCACUUCGGACCCUUACAGGACAAACUUGUAUGCACGCUAUUCGAGGCGCUUCCGGACCGUGUUUCAGCACUUGAGGAACACUUUCCGAGAGCACUUGUUUCAUCAUGAUGGGAAACUCUACCGCAUGCGGUGCCUUCCUUAUUUCUAUAUCAUUGGCCAACCAAAGUGUGGCACGACAGACCUGUAUGACAGACUGAGGCUGCAUCCGGAUGUCAAGUUCACCACUUUCAAAGAGCCACACUGGUGGACCCGCAAGAGGUUUGGUAUAAUUCGUCUCAGCGAGGGCUUCCACGAUCGAUACCCAGUAGAAGACUACCUGGACUUGUUCGAUCAGGCUGCUUACCAAAUCCAGGGCAACCUCACAACAAAUGCCAGUGGAAACCCCAGCCAUCCUAACAUGAUCAUAGGAGAAGCCAGCGCGUCCACCAUGUGGGAUAACAACGCCUGGGUGUAUUUCUACGACAACACCACAGGGGGAGAGCCUCCCUUCCUUAUCCAGGACUUUGUUCACGCCCUGCAGCCUGAUGCCCGCUUCAUCGUUAUGCUCAGGGACCCAGUGGAAAGGCUAUACUCUGACUACCUUUACUUUGGUAUUGCCAAUAAGUCUGCAGAGGAUUUCCAUGAGAAGGUGUCAGAGUCGCUGCAGUUAUUCGAGGGUUGCCUUACGGAGUACACAAUGCGAUCCUGUGUGUACAACACUACUGUCAACAAUGCUAUGCCAGUUCGAUUGCAAGUUGGCCUGUACAUUGUGUACUUAAUGGACUGGCUGACUGUCUUCAGCAGGGAACAAAUUCUGGUCCUGAGGUUGGAAGACCAUGCCUCUAAUAGGAAAUACACAAUGCACAAAGUCUUUGAUUUCCUUAACCUGGUGCUGAGGCAAAAUCUCAAGUGGCCGAAUAAGAAGGGAUAUGAAAGAAGUGUUUGUAUGUGUUUUACAGGGCCUCUGACAAAAGAAAUAGAGUCAGAGAUCACAAGAAGUCCGGCAUCAAACACCAGGAGGCCAGCUGACAAAAACCUGGGACCCAUGCUGCCCAUCACUAAAGAGAUCCUGAGGGAUUUUUACACGCCGUUCAACAAGAAAUUGGCCAAAGUGCUGCGGAAUGACUCUUUCCUCUGGGAGAGUAACUCUAAACUCUGAGCAACCCACCUCCCUUUUAUUUCAGUUUUGAAAAAACAAACAAUAAAACAAACAAACAAACAAAAACAAAAAAAACAAAAAAAACAGAUGUGUCAGCCAGCCCUUUCAUUUGAGUUUCAUAUCUCUCAAGUGCCCAUGAAAAAUCAAUGUUUUUUAUUUAAAUUAUUUUCUAAGUUAUAAAAGCAGAGAUGAAUCAAAGAUAGAAAAUAGCACAGGAGAGUGUGGUGAUUUUGUGUGUGUAUGAGAGAGAGAGAGAGAGAGUGAGUACAAACAAGAGAGAAAGAGAUAUUGGCAGGUCUUGAUUGUUUUUC